AUAUAUAAAAGACCUCCCGAGUCUUGUCUCUCUCUAAAAAAACAUCGUCCUCUUUUUGUUGAAGAGGAAUCCAUCGAUCGAUCUGCUCGUUCUCAGCUUCAAUCCUCGAUUUCUAUCCCUCGUUUAACAACUAAGAAAAUGGCGGGAAUGGCAGCAGAAGGAUCUCAAUUUGAUGCUCGUCAGUAUGAUGCCAAAAUGAAUGACCUGCUUACAUCAGACGGGCAGGAUUUUUUUACUUCAUAUGAUGAGGUCUAUGAUAGCUUUGACUCCAUGGGUCUUCAAGAAAACCUGUUGAGAGGAAUAUAUGCUUAUGGGUUCGAAAAACCGUCCGCAAUUCAACAGAGAGGAAUUGUUCCUUUCUGCAAGGGACUUGAUGUCAUCCAACAGGCACAAUCAGGGACAGGGAAAACUGCUACAUUCUGUUCUGGAAUUUUGCAGCAGCUUGAUUAUGGCGUGGUUGAAUGCCAGGCUUUAGUUCUUGCCCCAACUCGAGAACUUGCCCAGCAAAUUGAAAAGGUCAUGAGAGCACUUGGUGAUUACCUUGGCGUGAAAGUUCAUGCUUGUGUUGGAGGAACUAGCGUUCGCGAGGACCAGAGGAUUCUUUCUAGUGGAGUUCAUGUAGUUGUCGGUACUCCAGGUCGUGUGUUUGACAUGCUGAGGAGGCAAUCUCUCCGCCCCGACUACAUCAAGAUGUUUGUACUGGAUGAGGCUGACGAAAUGCUUUCACGUGGUUUCAAAGAUCAGAUCUACGAUAUCUUCCAGCUUCUUCCUUCAAAAGUACAGGUUGGAGUUUUCUCUGCAACCAUGCCCCCUGAGGCCCUUGAGAUCACUCGCAAAUUUAUGAACAAACCCGUUCGUAUCCUCGUGAAGCGAGACGAGCUUACUCUCGAGGGUAUCAAGCAAUUCUACGUCAACGUCGAAAAAGAAGAGUGGAAGCUAGAAACCCUCUGCGACCUUUACGAAACCUUAGCCAUCACUCAAAGUGUCAUAUUUGUCAACACUAGACGCAAGGUUGAUUGGCUCACCGACAAAAUGAGGAGCAGAGAUCACACAGUUUCAGCAACUCAUGGUGACAUGGACCAAAACACUAGGGACAUUAUUAUGAGGGAGUUUCGAUCAGGCUCUUCUCGUGUUCUCAUCACAACUGACCUCCUUGCUCGUGGAAUCGAUGUUCAGCAAGUCUCGUUGGUUAUUAACUACGAUUUGCCGACUCAGCCAGAGAAUUAUCUUCACCGUAUCGGACGAAGUGGGCGGUUUGGGAGAAAGGGAGUUGCGAUUAAUUUUGUUACGCGUGAUGAUGAGAGGAUGCUGUUUGAUAUCCAGAAGUUUUACAAUGUGGUGGUUGAGGAGUUGCCGUCUAAUGUUGCUGAUCUCCUGUGAGGGAUUGAUGAGGUCCUUUUUAUGGAUUUGGUAUUUAUAUGCCCUUCUGGUGUUUAAUGUUUUCUUUUGAAUAAUCUCAUCAAACUUUGGGGAAAUCUUUGCAAGUUUUGUAGUGUGUAUCGUAGUAAGUUCAUUGGAGGGCGUAUGAAUUAGGUGAACUUAUCGCUGGAGAACGAUGUACCGUGAGUGCUUUCAACUUGUGUGAUCCCGGAUUUGUGAGGAAAGAAGUCGUGAACCUAUCUUUGUUUAAUUAAUAUUUUGUUUUCGUGAUC